AUGGCGGAGGCAAAGAUCAUUGAAAGGGGAAGGUGGAAGUUUGCAGCAAAUUAUGAUCAUAUUGAUGGGUGCUUACCUCAGGAGCUAACACUCGAGAUCUUGCUUCGACUAUCGACAAAAUCAUUAGUAAGAUUCAAAUUAGUAUGUAAAACAUGGAGUUCCCUAAUCUCAGACCCCAAUUUCAUCAAGUCCCAUACACUAAACUCAAACAAUCCGCCCUUAACCUUGCUCUAUGAUUCAAAUCAUAGGUUGUGUAAGUGUUUAUCUCUUGGUAAAAGGGACGACAACUUAAACUUAAACCCGACUGUGUUAGACGUAAACCCUUUCAGUUUCCUUAACACUAUAGAAAAUCUGUAUGGCCUAAUUGGAUCAUGUCACGGCCUUAUAUGCACGUACUCCGUUGAAAGAUACCUCAUCUAUCUUUGUAACCCCCUCACAAAAGAAACCAAGAAUAUUUCACUCCCAUACCCUAAAAUACAAGCCAAUUACUACGAUAUUGAGCUAUCUUGGUUUGGUUUUGUUUCUUCUAUCGAUGACUACAAGAUUUUGUUAGUAGUUCAAGAAACACGAACACGAACACAAACCCUAAUAAUCCAUGUAUACUCAAUUAGGGAUGAUAUAUGGAGAGAGGUAGAUACUAGUGUUAUUAAGUCCCUUGUUACUAAUGGAAGAUAUAUAAGAUGGGGAUGGAAUGUGGCUCUAAUUAAUGAGACAUUGCAUUUUUGUUGUUUCGACCCUAAUCAUCAAAACUAUAUAAUCACUAAAUUCGAUCUAGUUCAAGAAAUUUUCGAGUUGAUGCCGAUUAUUCUGAAUGAUGACAAUCGUCGUUAUUGUUAUGGAGAAUUCGUUGAUAUCUUUCAAGGCACAAGUAUUUACAUUUUUGAAUAUUGCAUUUGUCCGGGAGGGUGGGUGAUGGAGGCUUGGAAGUUAGAGAAAUACGGUAAGCCGGAUUCUUGGAACAAAUUGUUUAGCCUCGAGUUAUCGGGUUUUCCAAUAGGAUUCACAUCGUUUGGGGGAUUAAUUUUGGGAAGACCAAAUCCUGGUGAUAAUCAUGAGUACGAUGAGAUUACGUUUGUCGAUCUGACUCGAAAUCCACCUAGUCAAAUCCAACUAGGAAGAACAGAGCGUGUUCAUUACAUGUUGGAUUAUGUGGAAACCCUUGUUUCUCCUUUUUCUUUGCCUUGA